GGCUCCUAGGGGAAAAUGUCAGGGAUCCCGGGCGCCGCGGAGCAGAGCAUCCGCCCCUACAAGUCGAGCGAGCAGUACCUGUACGCCAUGAAGGAGGACUUGGCCGAGUGGCUCAAGGAGCUCUACGGCCUGGACAUCGAGGCGGGCACCUUCGUGAAGGUGCUGGAGACGGGCGCCGUGCUCUGCUCCCUCCAUGCCAACAACGUCACGCACGUGGCCGCCGAGUUCGCGCGCGCCUGCCCCGAGCGGGCCCGCCGCCUCCGCCUGCCCGCCACCGGCGUCACCUGCAACGACGUGGCCCAGCCGGGCACCUUCCAGGCCAGGGACAACGUCUCCAACUUCAUCUGGUGGUGCAGGAAGGAGAUGGGUAUUAAAGAGGUCCUGAUGUUCGAGACGGAGGACCUGGUGCUGAGGAAGAAUGAGAAGAACUUUGUGCUGUGCCUGCUGGAGGUGGCGCGCCGGGCGUCCCGCUUCGGCAUGAGCGCCCCAACCCUCGUGCAGAUGGAGGAGGACAUCGACGAGGAGCUGCGCCAGGAGCUGGACCUGCCGCCGGGGGAGGCCCCAGUGCCCCGGCCCCCGCGGAGGCCUCAGGACCUCCAGAACCUGGACCAGAUGGUCCAGCACCUGGUGAGCCGCUGCACCUGCCCCGUGCAGUUCCCCAUGAUCAAGAUGUCGGAGGGCAAAUACCGCGUGGGGGACUCCAGCACCCUCAUCUUCGUCCGGAUCCUGCCCAGCCACGUCAUGGUGCGGGUCGGUGGCGGCUGGGACACGCUGGAGCACUACCUGGACAAGCACGACCCGUGCCGCUGCACCUCGCUGUCUCACAAACAGCGGGGCUGCCCGGCCGGCAGCUCCCGGGGCACCCAAGGGUGCUCGGCAGAGCCAGCGCGGGAGCAGGCGCUGCUCCGCAGCCUGGAGCAGGAGAUCCGCUCCAACCUGCGGCCCCCGCCGGCCACCCGCCCCACUGAGGACGCGGAGGAGGAGGAGGAGGAGGAAGAGGCCUGGGUCUGA